AUUUUGAAAUUCUAAUGUAAUCUUAAAACAUUAACUUUAAAGUUUAAUUUUUAGUUCUUUAAUUAAUUUUUAAUCUUUAUAGUUUUUUAAUUUUAAGCAUCUUUUCACCCUUUAUUAACAAAUAUAUUAAAACUUAGCAUUAUUUCAAGGAAUUAUUUCUUACCUUCAACAAUGGGUGAAAAAGAGACCAUAUCAGUAUCAAAGGCCUCCUUUGUAUUUAAAAAUAACUUUAAAAAACCAAAGAAAGGCUCAAAAAAAUCCAAAGGAAUGUUGCCUAGUCCAUUAUUUGAAAACUUAUGGUAUCAGCAGUUUAAGGAAUUAUGGUCAGGGCUUUCUGAGGAUCUUGAGGAAUUAUUGUCAAACAUGUUCACGACCAUGACCACCGAUUUAGUACAAUACAUAAAAGACUGUCAUAAGAAUCCUGUAAAUGAGAUACCGACUGCAGCUCUCCUAACAGGGAUUAACAUGCCUGAUCAUGAGGCUCAAUUUAAAAACCUUGAAAAGCAACUGAAAAGGGAUGUUACUCCUCAUGUAGCCUUUUUAACCAGCCAAGACUGUGCUAAUAUCAAGUUCCUAAUAGAGAAAUUGAUUUAUCAGUAUGUUAAUAAUGGCCAUUUAGAUGAUACUGAUGAAGAAGAUGAAAGAGUACAUGUUAAAAGGUCCUAUCUGAGUUUUCCUUUAUUACAAGAAUGGUAUGAAGACUUGUAUCCAUCUGAGCAGAAAAAUGUCCUAGUAGUUAUUAUUCCAGAUUUUGAAAGCUUUAAUGUUAAAGUUUUGCAAACUUUCAUCUCAAUUGUCAGCUUAUAUCUGGAGAAGUUAAAGUUUGUGUUUGUUUUUGGAAUAGCAACCUCGGUUUCCACCCUUCAUACUUCAUUUCCUUACCAUGUUACAUCCAAAACUAACAUUAAAGUGUUCAGAUGUGAACCUUCAACGGUAUAUUUGAACCAAAUGCUGGAAAAUGUCUUCUUUAGAAAUUAUUGUGCUUUUCAUUUGGGGGGCAAGGUCUUUGACUUGUUUACAGAAAUAUUUUUAUAUUAUGACUUCUCUAUGAGGAAUUUUGUACAGAACAUUAAGUAUGCAAUGAUGGAGCAUUUUUGUUUCGGAAAUGCCAUGGCCUUAUGUGAUAUGGAUAGAAAAACUGUUAAAAAUACUCUACAGGAAUUUAGUCAUGAAGACUUUGAUAAUGUACGAUAUCUGAAGUCAUUUAGGACAAUGGUGGAGUCUGAAUCUGACCCCGCAAUUCGAAUAAAACUUAUUACAGACAAUGAACAUUUCAAAACUGUUGUAUUGGAAAAAGUCACUAAUCUACAAAGGUACAUUAGACGCCUUCACAUCUUUUUAGAGUGUUUAUAUUCCUUGGUCUGUGAUUUGCCUGAAUCUCCUUUGGGAAAAAAUUUAAGAGAAGUCUAUGCACUGGCCGUAACAAAAAACAUAACAGAAUCUAUAGAGUUCAAAGAAGCCUUUAAACUUUUACAUUUCCAAUCAAAAGAGGAAUUAACAAUAAAAUUAGGCAAAGUGGUAAACGUUUUAAAGCUGAACAUAAACGAGACCAGCAAAAAGACCGCACUAAAAGACUGUUUUAACGAACUCAAUACAUACAUAAAUUUGUUGAAUAAUUUGAACACUUUAAGUCCAGAAGAGGAAGAACCUGAAGUAAUGGAUUGUGAAGUGCAGAACUUGGGCCCUGUCAUGGAUAGGAAAGCUUUGAAGCAAGCCUUGCUGUUUCGAUCCAAAGACAGACCGAAACCGUUAAAUCGAUACGAGAAACUUCGUAAUGAAAUUUUAGAUUUUCUUCUUGGUAAUUUCAAAACUUACUUGGUCCACUACAGUACGAUGCCUUUACACGAAAUAUUUUUCUUUAAUGAUUUUUCGAUAAAAAGCAAAAUAAUUGGCAUGCAUAGGACGGCCAUACACAAUGCUUUGAAUGAUCCUCAGUUUUAUUUGCAGUGCAAAUGUUGUGAAAUACCUAACUCACAAUCGAUCAAACCUACAAUGCCGGACAUUUGUAUUGCCUACAAAUUACAUUUAGAAUGCGGCAAGAUGAUUAAUUUGUACGACUGGCUGCAAGCUUUCUUGUGCAUUGUUGACCCCAAAGAUGAUGAUGAUUUUGAUGACAAAUCUAAGAAAAUCGUGGAACCCCAAUUACAAGCACGUUUUACCCAAGCAGUAGCAGAACUCGAAUAUUUAGGCUUCAUAAAGUCGUCUAAAAGAAAAGCGGACCACGUUACCCGACUUACAUGGGGAGGUUAAUAAAACCCUUAUAAUAGUUAAAUGUUUAUUUAUUAUAAUUUUUUAAGGAAUAAAGAUUUUCUUUAAAAAAAAAAGGAAAAA